AUGGCGAUUUCAGAUAUGCUGAGCCGCCGCGUGCGGGCGCGACCAGAUGACGAAGAAGAAAGUGUCUACUCGGGGGAGUCGGAGGUGGACAACGAGGUCACUCAAGACGACGCGGACGAGGUUGAGUCCAAUGCGGAAGAUCAACAAUCUCCAGCGUCGCAGGAUUCGGAUACAAAUGAGGAUGACGGGGUCCAGGAGGAGGGUGAUAGUAACCCUGAUGAUGAGGACCUCUCCGACGUCGAUGAUGAUAACGACAACAUCCAAGCCUCUCUCAGCAGUAUUUCAUUCGGCGCCCUCGCAAAAGUGCAAGCUUCAAUGGGGUCGAAAAAGCGAAAGGGAAACCCAAGCUCUAAGGCCCCCGAAGAAUCCGCCUCUCCGCUAGACGACAUUCGAGCCCGAAUCCGCGAAGCACGCGAACAGAAGCGCGAAACGGCUGCCAAGGCACAAGGAACGAAAGAUGCCACGGAAAAGAAAGCAGCCCGCGCCAACAAACAUGCACCAAUGGUGCAGUCCUCCAAACAUGCCGUAUCACGGAAACGUACGGUUGUCGAGCCACCUGCUGCCGCCAAAGCUCGAGACCCCCGAUUUGACGCUGCAGUCAUGGGUCACAGUGGUUCGGGAAGAUACUCUGCAGUCACAGACAAAAAAUAUGCUUUCUUGGACGAAUACCGCGAGUCUGAACUGAAGGAGCUCAAGGCGCAAUUGGCGAAGACGAAGAACUACGAACAGAAAGAGGCUCUGAAGCGACAGAUUCGAUCUGCGACGGAUCAGAUGAAGACACGGAACAAUCAAAAGCGAGAAAGGGAACUCAUUGCCGAACACAAAAAGCGUGAGAAGCAACUGAUUCGCGAGGGCAAGAAGAGCAACCCUUACUAUCUCAAGAAAUCCGACUUGAAGAAGCAGGUCCUGGAGAAGAAGUACGAGGAGAUGGGAUCGCGGGAUCGUGCUAAGGCAUUGGAGCGCCGGCGUAAGAAGAUCGCCUCCAAGGAGCGAAAGGACAUGCCCAUGGAACGGCGUGGAAUGGGAAUGAAUGACGGAGGACCCCCAGCAGAUCGAGGCAAGCGUCGCCGACUGGCAUAG